AAGAAACAAAAAAUUGUUGUGGGUGUGGAAUUGAAAUUAGUGAAUUAUUACUAUACCGCACUGUGUCUCGCUUUCUCAUCUGCAUUCUGCUCUGCCUGCUACCAACGCAACUGAAUCAACCACUACUUCUAGGUUUCCUCAACUGUUCAAUCCACCAUGGUUUGCGUGGCUUGUUUGCUUCCCCUCUUCCUGGUUCCGAUCAUCAACCUCCUCCCUCUCCUCUUCGAUUUUCUCAUGGCGAAAAUCUAUCGGGUCUUUGGCUGGGAGUACAGGAAACCGGAGAGGGCUCCCCCGGCUUGUCCAUACAAACCAUCAGCCAAUGGUGUUAGUAAACAGGCUGAGGCAAAUGCUGAACCAGCAACACCAGAACCUGUUAAACCUGAAAGUGUAAAUGUCAAGGAGGAUUAAUCUGGGAUUAGCUACUGUACAUCAAGGCUUUACAGGAGGGAAAAAAGUAUCUAAUGAUCUAUAUCUGUAACUUAUUAUUGUUGUUUCUAUUGUUGUUAUUAUUAUAGGUCCUAAGACUGUUUAUAAUAUAAGUUGGUAAGCAAAAUGGCACCUGAAUCACUAGACCUCCAUACUACAUUUUGUGGUUUAGGCAAGAGUUGCAAGAAUUUGAUGUUACUAAGAAUGAACAUUUUUAUAUGUGACUAAUUUGUUAUUGUAACUUUUAGAAGACUAA